UAUUAAGAAGAAGGGGAUAAAGUAAAAAUAAUAUUACAUGUAUGGACAUAGAUUGUGGAUGUGAACACAGUAUUAGUUAUAUGUCCAAAUGUUCAUGUUUUUACUGUAAUAGAUGGCGCUAGUAAACAUAAAAAUCGAUACGUAAACACACGCUCGGGGGGGGGGGGGGGGUGAAGCUAAGUGCAUUCGCUCCGAAGCGAUUCCGUAACGCCGUUCCCUAACGCUAUAUCGAAAGCUGAUUUCGAUUAGUUAACAAUGUAACACGUGGGAUUGGACAAAGUUUAGAGUUUAGCAAUCGUUUUAUACAUUAUUACGUUCGACAAUAUUACGUUUUGUCUACAGUCUUUCAUCUUUAAAAGAAAAAAAUGUCGAAUUGUGUUGCCACUGUCAGUUAAUAAAUUCUUGACAUACGAAGAUUUAUUACGAAAAACAAAAAUAUUCGUAACUUUAGUGAACGAAAUUUUAGCAAUGGAACCUAGACAACGGACAAGUGGAGUGCAGUUCGCGGUGAUGCUUGAAUUCAUGGAAAGACACGGCGACCUUAGUAAGCCUGAGUGUGGGCUACAAGGUCGCCAUAGGUCUACACUCCUCUGGGAGGAGCUCGCCCACACGUUAAAUAACAUUAGAGGAGGCGUGAAUAAGUCUCCCGAUAAAUGGAAAAAGGUAUGGGCCGACUGGAAAUCAAAGACUAAAAAGAAAACGUUGAUGAUUUGUCGCCAAAAAAAUGGCGGAACAAACAGGGUAGUCCUAACGCCCAUGGAGGAGAGGCUGAUGGCGAUGGUAGGAGAAUUGACGGUGCAAGAUCUCUCGGAUGUUGAGGAGCAAUGCUUCAAUAUCACACCGACUAUCGAAACAGAUAUGGUCUCCACUAGUCAGCAACCGUGUCCAACUCUACCGUCGCCCCAGUGCUCUCCGCCGCACCCUGCUGCAGCGUCCACGCCGCCACUGCCUCAACACCAGACCACAGUGACAAUAUCACCGAUGCCUUCUUUGACAUCCCCACCGUCUCAUAGUGACGACGCGUCGCCUCCGCGCCGCCACUCCGGCAAUUUGUCGAAAGUGGAUGCCCGUCGAAGACGAGCCAUUAACCGAGCGCCAACCGAAUUCGCGGCGAUUGAAAGGCGUCGCUUGAGAUUAGAGGAGAAGCGGGUGAGGAAUGAAACCAGAAGAUUAGAUAUAGAUGAACAACGUUUAGAUAUAGAGAGGCAAAGAAAUUUUUUGUUAGAGCGAGUAGUAGAUAUUGCUGACGCUAUUUGUCAGCAGUAUCUACCUCAAUAACGACG